AUGCUGGGGCCACGCCCACACGGGCAGCCGAUUGGCGUACUGUCCGUGCUGGGGCUCGGUAUUGGUCGACGCGGCGUAUCUGUUGACAGUCGUAAACACCUAGGAAGGUGUACUUGUUACGGCUCGCUCGGUGUCAUUGAGCGUUUUGUGUCUUUAAGAAGCCACCAUCAUUCUCCCGGCACAGCAAAUCGGAGCCACGGUGGCACCAUGGCCAUCUGGGAUCACCUCCGUAGACGACAUGGCACACAAAGGUACUACGAGACCGGAUCGAUCCGACCGAGGGCGAUAGGCGGCUCGAAACCGAGGGUGGCCACCGCCGAAGUGGUGUCCAAGAUAUCCGGCUACAAGCGCGAGUGCCCCUCGAUCUUCGCGUGGGAGAUCAGGGACAGGCUGCUGCAGGAGGGAGUCUGCACCAACGACAACAUCCCGAGCGAGCAGUCCUCCACACCCCCUUCGGUCUCCUCGACCGGCGACAGCGUCUACGACAAGCUGCGGCUGCUGAACGGCGCCCAGCCGGUGGGGGGGUGGCGACCCUCCCCCUGGUACUCACCUGGCAACCCCGCAUCCUUUCCUCUAGGACCGCUCAGCCCGCCGCCCACGGUCGUACCGGACGAUGGGGGGAACAACGUCAAGAAGGGUGAGUUUUAUUUUGAAUUUUUCUGA